AUGGAUCUCAAGUCUGGCUACUGGCAAAUAGAAGUGGAUGGGAGAGGUCGUGAAAAGACCGCCUUCAUCACGCCAGACGGCCUUUCCGAGUUCAGGGUCAUUCCAUUCGGACAGUGCUCCGCUCCUGGAACGUUCCAGCGCGUUAUGAACACGGUCUUAGUAGGAUUGAAGUUGCAGACUUGUCUUGUUUACUUGGAUGACGACAUCGUCUUCGCCAGAAAACGCGUCGAUCACCUCGGGCGGUUUUCGACAGUACUAGAGGCCAUCAAGUCAUCAGGGCUCAUUGUGAAGGCGGACAAGUGCCGCUUCGCGUGCGAUGAGCUACUGUUCCUGGGCCAUGCCAUUAGCAAAUCUGGAGUGCGCCCCGACCUGCAGAAGACAGCUGCCAUCGUAAUGUUCAGGCAGCCCAUCGACAAGAAGGCAUGUUCACGAGACGCCAUUCUCGGCACGAACUUCCUGAACCAACACGGCGCCGUCAUCAACCUGAAGUUGCAGUUGAUAAAGCUGUCAAAAGAUCAAGUGAUACCACCGGAGAGCUGUCAUAGUCACCACGCCUUGAGUGUCCCCGAAGAUCAUGUUAGCAUCCCGCCUCGCUCCAUCAUUGGUAUUUUGGUCGGCACCGAAACACCCGCUGACGCAGAAGGCGUCAUCGACGGUGACGAACGUCUACUGCUCGACCGUGGAAUUUGCAUCGCAACAGGGAUCGCUCACCUCAGCGGAGGGAAAGUUGAAGUGAUGCUAAGCAACUUCAGCCAGGAGUUCAAGCACAUGAACAAGAGCACGACAGCUGCGUGCAUCGAGGAAAUUGUGGAAACCAGCAAUGCGUUUCUCCUCUCCUAUUCUGGCGCAUCUACCGCGACGACCAUAGUUCCCGAACCAGACUUCGACAUGAAUCCAAGUCUCCCCAUGAGCAAGCAGCAACAGCUGAGAAAUCUUCUCCGACGAUACAAAGACUGCUUUCCAACGUCAUCGACGAUUCGAUGA